GUAACACUUCCGCUAGGCGGCGCAGUGGGUUGGAAUUCCUCCGUAUUGAUUUGUGGGGUGUUUAGGUGGACGCAUUUUAUCAGUGAUUUUCACCAACAAAGCAGUCACCCAGAAAGGUGGAAGAAAGUUUCAGGGAACUGCUAGAACCACUCUUCGUCUUGAGAUCAAUUGACGGGGCGAAACAUCAAGAUGGGUUCGCUGUUUCGGAGCGAGGAAAUGACUUUGUGUCAAUUGUUCCUCCAGAGCGAGGCGGCUUACGCCUGCGUCUCUGAGCUGGGAGAAUUGGGACUUGUGCAAUUCCGCGAUUUGAAUCCCGACGUGAACGCCUUUCAGCGAAAGUUCGUGAAUGAAGUGCGGCGGUGUGACGAAAUGGAGCGCAAGCUGCGCUACUUGGAGAAGGAGAUCAAGAAGGAUGGCAUUCCCAUGUUGGACACUGGCGACAGCCCUGAAGCUCCUCAGCCAAGGGAAAUGAUUGACUUGGAGGCGACCUUUGAGAAGCUGGAGAAUGAACUGCGCGAAGUCAAUCAGAAUGCCGAGGCGCUGAAGAGGAACUUUCUAGAGUUGACAGAGCUGAAGCAUAUCCUGAGGAAGACCCAAGUAUUCUUCGACGAGGCAGGACCUACCUUUGUCAUGCCUACGAUAAGAUCCCGCUAUUAUCAGAUGGCGGAGGCGAAUCGAGAAGAGGAGCAAAUUCAGCUGCUCGGAGGCGGUGAGGAGGGCGUGAGAGCGACCCAAGCGCAGGGACAAAACCUCAAGCUUGGCUUUGUGGCUGGAGUGAUUUUGAGGGAGAGACUGCCAGCCUUUGAGAGGAUGCUAUGGCGCGCUUGCCGUGGAAAUGUCUUCUUGCGUCAGGCAAUGAUCGAGUCCCCGCUUGAGGAUCCGUCUAAUGGCGACAAUGUCUACAAGUCGGUGUUCAUCAUCUUCUUCCAAGGCGAUCAGCUGAAGACGCGCGUGAAGAAGAUCUGCGAGGGCUUCAGGGCCACACUCUAUCCCUGUCCCGAGGCACCGUCCGAUCGUCGCGAGAUGGCCAUGGGUGUGAUGACGCGCAUUGAGGAUUUGAACACUGUUCUGGGCCAGACUCAGGAUCAUCGGCACCGUGUUCUGGUGGCGGCGGCGAAGAACCUGAAGAAUUGGUUUGUCAAAGUGCGCAAAAUCAAGGCAAUUUAUCACACGCUCAACUUGUUCAAUCUGGACGUGACACAGAAGUGUCUGAUUGCCGAGUGCUGGGUGCCGGUGUUGGACAUUGAGACCAUUCAGAUUGCGCUGCGACGCGGCACUGAGCGGAGUGGCUCAUCUGUGCCACCCAUUCUCAAUCGCAUGCAAACAUUUGAGAAUCCACCAACGUACAAUCGCACGAACAAGUUCACGAAUGCCUUUCAGGCGCUCAUUGAUGCUUAUGGUAUUGCCAGCUACAGGGAGAUGAAUCCGGCACCGUACACCAUAAUCACGUUCCCAUUCCUGUUCUCCGUGAUGUUUGGCGAUCUUGGUCAUGGCUCUAUCAUGGCACUCUUUGGCUUGUGGAUGGUGCUGAAGGAGAAACCAUUGGCGGCGAAGAAGAGUGACAAUGAGAUUUGGAAUAUCUUCUUUGGCGGCCGAUACAUCAUCUUCCUCAUGGGAUGCUUCUCCAUGUACACGGGAUUGAUAUACAAUGAUCUCUUCUCCAAGUCAAUCAACAUCUUCGGAUCACAUUGGCGCAUCAACUACAACACCAGUACAGUGAUGGAGAACAAACAGUUGCAAUUGGAUCCGGCCGGACCGGAUUAUUUGCAGUAUCCAUAUCCGGUCGGCAUGGAUCCGGUGUGGCAGGUGGCGCCAUUGAACAAGAUCAUCUUCCAGAAUGCGUACAAGAUGAAGAUCUCCAUCAUUUUUGGUGUGAUUCACAUGAUCUUUGGCGUAAUGGUGGGCUUGUGCAAUCACAGAUACUUCAAGAACAAGAUGGCCAUCUACUGCGAAUUCAUCCCACAAAUCAUCUUCUUGGUGUUCCUGUUCUUCUACAUGGUUCUGAUGAUGUUCAUCAAAUGGGUGAGAUUCUCAGCGGCCAAUGAUGGAGCUUUCAGUGAGAAUUGUGCUCCCUCCAUUCUCAUUACCUUCAUUAAUAUGGUUCUGAUGAAAUCUGUCGAUUGGGAUCCGGAGAAGGAUAUCUGCUCACCGUACAUGUUUAGUGGUCAGGGACCGCUGCAGACUUUCCUCGUGCUUGUGGCUGUGCUGUGCGUGCCGUGGAUGCUUCUUGCCAAGCCCAUCAUGAUCAUGCGCUCGCGCAAAGAGGGACACCACCAGCCCAUCGUGCCCACGGAGAAUGGCGAUGCCGAGAAUGGACUCAAUGCCCAAAAUGCUGUGGGUCAGGCCACCGGACCACCAGCUGGAGGCCACGAGGAGGAGGAGGAGAUGUCUGAGAUCUUCAUUCAUCAGGGCAUCCACACCAUUGAGUACGUGCUCGGCUCGAUAUCCCACACUGCAUCGUAUUUGCGUCUCUGGGCGCUGUCGCUGGCCCAUGCUCAGCUCUCUGAGGUGCUGUGGAACAUGGUGCUGCAGGUGGGCUUGAGGCAGGACGGCUGGGUGGGUGGCGUGGUCUUGUGGGUGGUCUUCGCCUUCUGGGCUGUCCUCACGGUGGGCAUUCUUGUGCUGAUGGAGGGCCUCUCGGCCUUCCUGCACACCCUCCGUCUGCAUUGGGUGGAGUUCCAGAGCAAGUUCUAUGCUGGUCUCGGCUAUGCCUUCCAGCCAUUCUCCUUUGAAUCAAUUGUUGAUGUUUCUGGAACGUCUGAGGAGUAAAGAAAUUGCACCCGUAUCGAAUAUACUUGCACUAAUUAUAUCAAUGGAAGAAAAGAUAGAUUCCCAAAAAGUUGGAUCGCUUAAUGUGUUUUUGUGGCUCAAAUUCAGAGAUUAUGUAAAGUGUCAAUAAAUGUUUUGCUUCAUUCAGAA